AUGAGUACAGUAGCCAACUUGAGAUCAUAUAACCCGCUGUUGAAGAAAUUCUUUGACAAGCUUCCUAGAUUCACGUACGGAAAAUCUCAAUUAAAGAAUCCAGCGGCUUGUCAACAAGUUCUAGACAAAUUGAACCUCAAAGGGCAGUACAAUUCUUCAAACUUGGAUAUUAUAGAUGCGACUCCAGGAUUCGGGUUAUUUUCAGCCAUGCUCAAUCAUGAGCUUAAACCGAAGAAUCAUAUUUUGCUAGAUAGAAACGACGAGACAGUGAGAAGUUGGCAUAAGAAGAUACAGACCCUUCAAAACAGUACUGGUAACCAGGAAAAUUUCAAAAUUAUUGAUCGAGAUCCUUUUUCAUGGGAAACGUAUCUGAAUCUAUACAAAAAGGGAAUAUUACCACCAACAAAGUUCCAACUGUUCGAUAAAAUACAUGAUGAAUUGUUGAUAGUUGCAAACUGGACUGGAACUAAAGAUGAGUCUACUAUUGCCCAAUGGAUUGGAUGCUGUAGCUAUCGUAACUGGCUAAUGAAAUACGGCAAGGUAAGAAUGGUCCUUUUUGUACCAUCCUCGACGGCUAUGAAGUUUUUGAGUGAGCCAGGGUUCAAGAAGAGAAACAGAACUGCGUUGAAGAGAGACUUGUACACCGAUUCGAGACUAAUUGCCAUUGGAGAAGAACUGGAAAUUAUUGGCGAGGGCUAUGAUCCUCGUGUUUUGGUUCGAGAUCAACCGGUUGUGAUUGAUAAGUCUUCAUUUAUCAGGAACUCAGCAGCGGCGGUGGUUGAGAUACUGCCAGGGAGGUAUACUGGCGACGUUAUUGCUAAUAUCGAGCAUCUUUUGCUGGGAAUUUUUGUAACUAGCUCGUCCUUGAGAGAGCUGUUGCCUAAGCUAGCUGCAGGAGCAGAGUAUUUAUGUAAUUACAUUCCUGACGAAGUAUUAAACAAGAAAGCCAUUGAAUUCACCACAGAAGAUAUAAUAACAAUUGCCAAUGCUUAUGAAGACUGGCCCUUCAAACCAAGUAUAGAAGAGACGUUUGACAUUGGUGAGGAAGAUUUCAAGUAG